AUGGAUGAACGUGAAGAGCUACGUCGUUUAAUCCCUCGUCAACUCGUGGCAACCCUGCUCGCCAUAUUCACCAUGUACAACGAACACGAGCUGAAAUUAGAUCCGAAGACGACGGGACGAUGUGCCUCGGAGUCCAACAAGUUGGCUAACAUGUUUUUCAUGCUGGUGGUCAUCAGAAUCAGUAUAACGCCGGUGGUGCUGGGACGCAUGCGGAGGACAAGAGAGGCUUGCGACACGCAUCUUGUGUUUGGUUCUAUCUUCCUCUUGGCCUCCCUCGCCUUCUCCGCUAAGCUGACUCCUUCCUUUUCGUGA